GCGGCCGGCCUCGAGACUGGGAGGCCCGGGAGUAGGCGAGGGCUCUGCGGGGCGGCGGGCGGCGGCGAGUGCUCGGCUGGCGGGACGCCUGCGAGCCUGCACGGCGCGGCGCUGCUGCCCCUGCCUUCCGCCCCUUCACCCCGGAACGUUGCGCUCUCGGUGUUUCUCGAUGCUCGCCGACUUCCCAGCACAGCAGGCGGAAAAGUUGUUUCGGGCCGAGAGCCGCGCGGGUGGUCCGGCCAACCCGCUUCCGGCGGGGAGCUGUUGGUGUAGCUCGUCGCCCGAGCAGACUCCGGGGAAAUGCUGAGGAGAAAAGUGCCCCUCAGAUGAGCGGGGUCGGCGACCAGUCUUUCCCGAAGGCGAUGGCAGGGACCAAAACAAGCCGGGUUUGGUUGCUGGCUGCAAACUGAGAGAAGCAGGCUGAGGGCUGCCAGGCGGGAUGGACCCCUGUGGAGACCCGGCAGUGCCCGGCGGCGACAGUCCUCAGGCUAGGGGACAGGGGCUCCAGGGGGCGUCUGGCCAGGAGGGUCCUCUGCAGGGCACUGACGUGAACAGCAGCCACAGUGAACAUGAAGACCGAAACAGAAUGUCUGAAGAACUUAUAAUGGUUGUCCAAGAAAUGAAAAAGUAUUUUCCAGCUGAAAGACACAGUAAACCCAGCACCCUAGAUGCCCUUACCUACGCCCUACGCUGUGUACACAGCGUGCAAGCAAACAGUGAGUUUUUCCAGAUUCUCAGUCCACACGGAGCACGCCAGGCAGAUGUGGCUGUGUACAGUCCUGAGGAGCUGGCCUCUCUCGCUUCUGAACAUACUUCCAAGAACACAGAUGCCUUUGUGGCAGUGUUCUCCUUUCUGUCUGGAAGGUUGGUGCACAUUUCUGAGCAGGCUCCUUUGACCCUGAGCCCUGAGAAGGGCUUCUUGAAGUCCUUGCGCUUCGCUGACCUGCUUGCCCCUCGGGAUGUGAGGGUGUUCUACGCACACACUGCUGGAGCUCAGCUUCCUUUCUGGAGCAGCCGGACCCACAGAGCCUCACAGUAUGAGUGUGCACCAGCGAAAUCCUUUUUCUGCAGAAUCUGUGGAGGUGGAGACAGAGAGCAAAAGAAGCAUUACUCCCCGUUCCGGAUCCUCCCUUAUUUGGUUCAUGUACGUAGCUCUGCCCAACCAGAGCCGGAGCCUUGCUGUCUAACACUGGCUGAAAAGAUUCACUCUGGUUACGAAGCGCCUCGAAUCCCAGUAGAUAAAAGAAUUUUUACCACAACACACACGCCAGGAUGUAUGUUUCUUGAAGUAGAUGAAAGAGCAGUGCCUUUGCUUGGUUACCUACCUCAGGAUCUGAUUGGAACAUCGAUCUUAACAUACUUGCACCCAGAAGAUCGGCCUCUGAUGAUUGCUGUACACCAAAAAGUUUUAAAGUAUGUGGGCCAUCCUCCGUUUGAACACGUGCCCAUCAGAUUCUGCACUCAGAACGGAGAUUACGUCAUUCUGGAUUCCAGCUGGUCCAGCUUUGUGAACCCCUGGAGCAGGAAGGUUUCCUUCAUCAUCGGUCGACAUAAAGUUAGAACGAGUCCCCUAAAUGAGGAUGUUUUUGCUACCAGAAUUAAAAAGGCAACUGAUAAUGACAAAGGCAUUAUGGAAUUGCAAGAGCAAAUUCACAGACUUCUUUUGCAGCCAGUGCAUGCCAGUGCGUCCAGUGGCUACGGGAGCCUGGGCAGCAGCGGCUCCCAGGAGCAGCAUGUGAGCGUCACCUCUUCCAGCGAGUCAAGUGGACACUGCCCAGAGGAGGCACAGAAGGAGCAGAUGACCUUGCAGCAGGUCUAUGCCAGCGUAAACAGAAUUAAGAAUGUGGGCCAGCAGCUCUACAUUGAGUCGAUGGCCAGGUCAUCAGUCAGGCCGGUGAUGGAGACACGCAUGGAGCUGCAGGGUGGUGAUGAGCAGAAGGACUUUUCUUCCUCUCAGACACUGAAGAAUAAAAGCAUGUGUGCCGGCUCUUGUGACGAUCUGAGACGAGAGCACCACAGCUCAUCCUACCAGCAGAUGAACUGUAUCGACAGCGUCAUCAGGUACCUGACAAGCUACAGUCUCCCGGCCUUGAAAAGAAAGGGCAUAUCCUGCACAAACACGUCUUCAUCCUCAGAAGAAGCCAAGCAAAACCACGAGGUGGACAACGGCCCGACAUUGCGAGAUACUGAACAGAUCCUGAACAUACGUAGACAGGAAACAACUGGACCAUCCACAGACGCUGAAGUGGGUGCUGCACGGACACUGUCCACUGCCGCACUGAGCAUGGGGUCUGGCAAAAGCCAGUGCAGCUGCAACAGCACUGCUGUGCAUGCCCCACCCCUGCAGUCAGAGAGUGUCACCUUGGGGUGUCAGCCCUGGACCCUGAGAACACAGCCAUCUCACCUGACUGCAGAAGAAUCUAAGCAUGUGGGGCUCACAGCAGCCGUCCUCUCUGCACACACACAGAAGGAAGAACAGAACUAUGUGGACAGGUUCCGGGAAAAGAUCCUGACCUCACCUUACAGUUGCUAUCUUCAGCAAGAGAACAGAAACUGGGCUAAGUUCUCCUCUGUUGAAGGUUCUGCUUCUAAACACCCCAGAUGUGGAAGAAGUGAGAAACGGAAGCACAAACGGAAGAAGUUACUGGUGCCUUUGGACACCAGCAGUCCCAGUGCUGACUUCUGUCCCCAUGGCCGAGGACUCCCUCCAGACAGAGAGCCCUGGAGCCCUCCUGUCGUCUCCUCUCCUCAUGCGGCAAGCCUAGCUUUGCCGCCAGCCUGGGUAGUUCCCAGCCAGGCCACUUAUCUCCUUCCAUCUUUUUCCCUACAAGAUAUGGCCUCUCUGGGAGUCGGGGCCUCUGCAGCUGAAUGUCCACCUCUGUCUACUGGUCCUCAGUCUAUUUCAGCUUUCCCUUCUGCUUCCUUGGAUACCUUCAUGACCAUUUUCCUGCACAGCGCCCCCAUCCUUCCUCUAUGGUCAGCAUCCUUCUCUCCAUAUCCGUUCCUGGGGGCCACUGGUUCUUCUGAAAUGACACCCUUAGUACCAGUAAUGGCUCCAAGCCUGGAACCAACUUCUUCAGACCAAAGGAGAGUAGAGGAGAAUUGGGAGACACACAGUGAAGAGCCUCUGUUUAUCAGUUCAAGGAGCAGUUCGCCAUUACAGUUAAAUUUACUCCAGGAAGAAAUGCCGGCACCAUCUGAAGCUCCAGAUCCAGUGAGAGGAGGCAUUGGCCCAGAUGCUGAGUGUGUGAGUGAUGCUGUCAGCACCCACCACUGUGUUACAGGUAACGGUCACUGUGCCACCGGUGAGCUGGCCACAGCAUCCGUGCACCAGGAGUCUCCAUCCGCAGCUGCCUCAGGAAGCAGUACCAGCAGUGUAGACUUCAGUAGCAGUGACUGUUCUGAAGUCUCUGAAAAUGGACAGAGGCCGCAGGAUGGACCGAGAGACGCAGCUUUCCCUGGGAUGGCUGAAGAGUCUAUCUGGAGAAUGAUAGAGCAGACGCCGGAGUGUGUUCUCAUGACAUACCAGGUGCCAGAGAGGGCUAGGGAAGAGGUGCUUAGAGAAGACCUGGAAAGGCUCAGCAGCAUGGAGCAGCGGCAGCCCCAGUUCUCCCCUGCGCAGAAGGAGGAGCUGGCCGAGGUGCGGUCCUGGGUCCACAGCCACGCUGCCCCUCGAGAGGCACACCCCCAGACCUGUGUCCCCUGUGAAGACAGAGGUUCAGUUGAUGACACCACAGAGAUCCAGGAACAGCACACAGCAGAAGACACCAGUUGAGCAACUGUGAAGAUGUCUGUUCAUACUCUCUGCAGGUUGUGUGAGACACAGAGAUGUCUUGUCACCUCACCAAGGUCUUCAAUGACAAAGUCACCCACACUAAGAUCUUCCCUGGCUUUUAUUUCGUUUUGGUUUUUGGUAUCACUGGGGAUCAAACCCAGGGCCUGCACACACUUCCUGGAUCUUCCCUGGCUUUUGUUUCAUUUUGGUUUUUGGUAGCACUGGGGAUCAAACCCAGGGCCUUGCACACACUAGGCCGCAACUCUCUCCUGUUGACCUGUGUCCCCAGCCCUCCCUUCUCUGGUUUUUAAUAGAUGACAUUUUCUCAAAGCAGGGGUAUGCAUAGGCUCUUGAUCCUGAUACUAAAACUGCCAAUGAGAAGCCUUCUGUAGCUUAGCUGUCACCUGAAGACAUCGGCUUGCCUCUGAAGAGGUAUGUGUCUGAUAAAAGUUGAUUCAGAAGUCACCCUGAGUAAGUUACAAGCCUUAGUCUCGUUUGUUUUGUUCUGUUGUUACAUCAUUUUCUAUUAGAAUACUUGAAAUUCGUCUGUAGGUCAUGUGGAUCUCGUGAUGUUUUCCAUGAGCUUAACACAUUGAUCUAAGCUUUGUACAGCAUGGUGCUUCCUGAUCGUGAAGAGACAUUCCAGUUUUCUCACAACACAGUAGAGUACAUCAUUCUCUAGGAAAUGUGCGAUUAUGGUUUUGGUUGUUUGAGCCUGUUCUUGUCCAUAAAAUUCCUGUUGAUGGCUGCCUUUCAUGCAAGCUCUUUCUCUAAGAUCUGUCUCCUAGAACAAGGCUUACUCUUUGGAGAAUUAAAGUUAAGCCUUGCAUGUUAAAAAAAAGCCUCGUACUCACCCGGUAGCAUUUUUUUAAAGUUCUUUCUGUUGUUGUUGUUGUUAUAAAUUAAAUGUGAAAGGUUUUAAAAAUUACAUUAGUGUUAUUCUGGAGGUGUGUAUGCUCAGGCGUACCAGAACUAACAGUUAACUUUUUCUUUUCACGGAGUUCCACAAAGAGGUCUCCAUGCUGACCAGAGGUCUGACUGGCACUGCCUUUUGUUUGCCCUUGAACAGGGGUAAGUGUUUGGGGCUGCAGAGUGAGACUACACUACGGGAGCUCAGUGACCCCAAAAUCCCAAGAGUCAGUGCUCUCCAAGCAGCUCUGUCUCAGGAAGUGAGUGUGAUUGUUCAUGGAUUUGUACACUCACUCUCUGGUGCUCUAGCUUACAGAAGCCCAAGGUCCCUUCUUCAAGUUGGACUGACUGUGUGACCCACACCAUGGAGGUCAGAGGAAGGACCUGACAGGAAUGAGCUUGCAGUAACCUUUCACUCAUAUCACUUCCAGCAGGCUAUCUUCCCUUUCUUCCUUCCUUUCUCCUUCCUUCUUUUUCUUCCUUCCUUCCUUUCUAUCUUUCUUUCUUUUCCUGUUGUUGUUGUUGUUGCUGUUUUGUUUUAUUUUAGGAAGACAUUUUUCUCCUCUGACAAUUUCUAGCUGUUGAUAAGUGCUCUGUCAUUGUAGUCAGGACAAGGUCAUGACGUCUGCUGGGCCCUUCUGCUCUGUGGCUCAGACUUUGUUUCUAAAUUAAGGGUUCUCUGGAUGGCAGUCCUGUCAGAAGGUGUCACAAACAUUUUCAAAUGCUGCCUGUGACAUGUCUUGGGAUUGUGUGGUAUUAAGCAGUUCCAUACAAGUGUUCCUGAUGUGUAACUAGAGACUUCUCAUAACCCACUCCAUCUGGAGGGCUGAGGGGUUUCCGAGGCCUGUGUUAGUCAGGUUGGCCUUCUCUAGGGAAGGGCUCUGCUAUUUGGAGCCACCGAGGGUCACCCGGCAUUUGUGUACACACACAUCAGACCUGACUUUUUCUGGUAAGAGAGGCCCUUUCCCAUAGGUUCCGGAUACCUGUUUCACAGUUCCGUAUCUCUCUGCCUUACUCCAAUUCUCAUGGAGUCUGUUUCAUGCCAGGCUUGAUUUGAAACUGGUGCUUGUGGUCAGGUCUGUAAAGUCUCUUACCAAGGCUCGCCUCUGCUAGGACACUGUCAGUGCACCCAGCAACCCCUGCUGCUGAGCGCCGGUCCAGCAGAGGUUGCUGCCCCCCAUGGGGGCCCUACCCAGGAGAACUGUUGUUGACACUUACUGACUUUUGUAUUAAUGACUAGAGAAUUGGUAAUAAAAGUAUGUAUUAUAGACUUCAGUGUUUACAUAAACCUUUCCCUAAAGCUUUAUUUUCUUGGGUCAGAGGUCAAAAUUUCUGAAAGCAGAUAGUGUGGAUGGAUUGAGUAAAAUAAUUACUCACAAGGUGGUAAAUUUUAACCAAAUUGGCAAUUUGUUUAUAAUUAACUGUGAAUUUGCUUGUACUCAGUGGAUAUUAAUCUUUUCAUUUGGCAUCUUUUUUGAGUAAAAACAAUAAACAGUGUAUAUAUAAAA